CAUUACGCCAUUCGAACCUAAACCUGCUAUGCAUCUUUCCGCUUCUCCGGCAAGGUGCAUUUUGAGCUGAAUCAUUCUUAUGUUGUUGCUGAGAUGAUUCUUGUCGUGGAUAUGAAUCUUGAAUUUGUCGACGAAAUCGGCAUAAUCUAGCGGGUUUCCGUCAAACUUUGUUAGCGCCACGGUCGGUAUGUCUUUGCUAGCUUCUAAUUUAUACAGUGCGUCGGCUAUUGACAUAGUCGUGCUUUCUUGUGGUUGCACAAUAGUCUCCUCAAACUCGACUAAAUCAUCGAUCCACUGGUCCAAGACGUGUGUUGCUGUCACUGGUGAUUGUUGACUGUGCGUGAUUUCCUGCUGGGUAUUUGGGGGAAUAGGCGGUGUAGUCGGCGGGCGAUCUUGGCUAUUAGAAGCUGAGUUGUUAUGUGGUAUUUCCUGUUGACCUUGUUGGUCUAUUUCUAAACUCGGGUCAUUAGGCAUAGCUUGCUUCGUCAUCUUUUCGAUGUGCUCCUCAAUUGUUUCUUCUAACGUGUAUACAUCAUUGUUCAAAUCGUUUUCCCACGCGUCUAAUGCAUCAUGAUCCGGGUUUUCGAAUUCGAAGAACAAGCUUUGUAUUUCGCACGCGCUUUCGAAGUCCUUUCUUAGCUGAUCUAGUUCUUUGCGAAAUCGUUUCGCCGUGGUAGUAUCUGUUGUCGUCAAAUCGCGGAUGCGCUUAAUCGCACGCGUUAUCUUGCAGCGUAAUUGUUUCCUUCUUGUUCGUAUAUCUGUUUCGCUAUCGGUACCGCAAUUUUCCCUUUCGUAAACCAUCGUUGCCAUUUGGAACGGUCGUUGUCAUUUUAAGAACGGUCGUUGCCAUUUAAAACAGUCGUUGUCAUUUUAGCCCAUUUAUGAUGUCAUACUCGUAUCUCCGGCGAUCGGAAAACGCUCCGAGACAUCACGCGCGAGUGCCUUUGGGUUCCCUGUGGUACAAGAGCCCCGCACGUGAGUUUUGUGUUUACAAUAAGGCGGAACAAGAAGCAUCCACGUGCGAACAACAACAACGCGAUCCUCCCCCUACAAUGCAUUCGAUUCGGAAACCAACCGGCUGGAACGCAUUUUACCAGUCAGUUGCGCCAGAUGUACAGAAACAGCUGAGUGAUGGGGCAGGAAUCGGAAACAUUUCCACGGUUGUUGGCAGAAUGUGGAAAAAAAUUGCCUGCGGACAGAAGAAAGUACUGGAAGGACAAGGCACAAAGCAUAAGAGAGGAUCUUGACACAGGCAUGGCAACGAAGAAUAAGUGUGCUUCUUGUCAAACAGAAUUUUCCA